GGUAUGGGUGUACACUGUCAUACUCCAUCUCUUGUAUUUGUUCCAAGAUUGUUGUAUUGGCGUACAAUGCUAUACUAGCAUAAUUUUGCCAAGAAACACCUAAUAAUAGAACGGUGUCACGUUAACAGCUAAUACAGCGAAAAGAAGAAUAUGACCUUGACCGCGCAGAUUGUCUGUUUCCUGUUCCAUGAGUGCGUAGAUACCUUACACUCUUUUAAUACCUACCUAAUCUAUCAUGAAAAGGCUCAAAUUUACGAUAUUUAAACGUCACACAAAGUCAACAAUCAAGAUUCGAUAUGUUAUUAAAUCAUUCAUUCAACGAACAGCGUGGUAUACAGUUCAAGCUGAUGUAAUUCGCGUAAGAAAAUAUCAGUCAUUCAACCGGUAUCGUCGAUGACGACCGCAUUUUGACGAUUCUUAUUUUUACCAUUAACUUACAGUAUUUAAAAUAUGCAUUUAAGGUCAACAAGGUCAUUUGACUUACGUAUUCUAAUUUCGUGAAAUGUACGGUUAUAAUAUUGAGUGUGUGAAAUAAUUAGUUUAAAUUACUAAUUUUGGGAUUGCGUCCGUGUUUAUACUUUUUAAACUUCAUACUAACAUAAUCAAAAUGGCAGAAACGGUUUUUGGAGUGUGGGACUAUAUAAUUAUGGCGGCUACAAUGGUAGCGUCGGGGGCUAUUGGACUGUACUUCCGAUUUAGUGGCGGGAAACAAAAAACUAAUGAGGAAUACCUUCUUGCGGAUCGGAACAUGUCAAUUUUCCCUGUGGCAGUAUCUCUAAUGGCUUCCUUCAUGUCUGCAAUCACAUUGUUAGGAGUCUCCGCAGAGAAUUACUAUUAUGGCAUGAUCUUCGUAGUAAUCAAUUUAUCAUACGGUUUGGUAAUUCCCACAUGCACCAAAUUGUACCUACCAGUAUUCUUCGGGUUACAGAAAACCAGUACUUACGAAUACUUAGAACUUAGAUUUGGGCCUAAAAUAAGAAUGCUGGCUUCAUUAACAUAUACAUUUCAAAUGUUGCUGUACAAUGGAAUAGUUUUAUAUACUCCAGCUAUUGUUCUAGAAUCUGUCACUGGAUUAAGCAGAUUAAUAUCUAUAUUAGUUGUGGGAUUAGUGUGUACAUUUUAUUCAACUUUAGGAGGUAUGAAAGCAGUAUUAUUUACUGAUGUCCUUCAAUCAUUUUUGAUGUUUGCUGCUUUGAUUAGUAUUAUUGUUUUUAGUUCAAUAGAACUGGGGGGACUUAGUCAAAUAUUUAUUAAAGCCUCGGAAGGUGGACGUCUUAAUUUUAACAAUUUCAGCGUAGAUCCAACGGAAAGACACACAUGGUGGUCACUUAUUAUUGGUGGUAUUAUAACCAAUCUCUCUUUGAAUGCUGUCAAUCAUACGCAGGUUCAAAGACUACUGACAGUGAGCACUCUAAAACGAUCCAAACUAUGUUUAUGGUGGAGCUGGCCCUUUUAUAUUGCACUAAGUCUCCUCACAUGUACCAGUGGCCUCGCUAUUUAUGCCGUUUAUAAGAACUGCGAUCCCUUGAGUGAAGGCAAAAUUUCAUCAAUUGAUCAAUUGAUGCCGUAUUACGUAGUAGAUGCCAUGACGCAGAUUCCAGGCCUGUCUGGACUUUUUGUGGCCGGUAUCUUCAGUGCUUCUCUUUCGACCGUAUCAGCUGCUUGCAAUGCUUUGGCAGCAGUUACUCUCACUGACUAUGUGAGCAGAUGGUGCAAGGUCCGAAAGUCGCACAUUUCUGUUCUAACAAAAAUGGCGGCGUGUAUCUAUGGACUAGUGUUCCUCGGCCUGGCUUUCCUCGCGGAGUACCUGGGCGGGGUGCUGCAGGCCGCCCUCACCAUCUUCGGGGCCGUCGGAGGACCACUCCUUGGGGUCUUCACUCUGGGGAUGUUCACUACUUACGCUACUGAAUUGGGGGCCAGUCUGUCACUUAUUAGCGGCAUGGCGGUAACGCUAUGGCUAAACUUCGGCGGCCCCCGGCCUCCAACCCUCAAACUGCCGCUAAGCACAGAGGGGUGUGCAGUGAACGGGACGCUCAUCACCCCGGCACAAUACGACAGCAGUUCCUACUUCUAUCUGUACAGGAUAUCGUACAUGUGGACUAGUCCGAUCGGGUUCCUCUGGGUGAUAACAGUGGGCAGUGUGGUGUCGCUGGCGUGGCGCCAGCAGCAGCCGUGGCAGAGGCAGGGCCGCGCGACGCCCGACCCCGCGCUGUUCACGCCGCCGCUCGCCAGGCUCCUGGAGUCACAGGCGGCGAAGGAAAAACCGGUUAUGUGCGAACUUUUAAAAUAUGACGUGACACAAGAAUGAAGAUCUAUCAGUACCUACCAUCUAAAGUGGUGUAAUCAUGUGUCAACAUUUUGGAGAAGGAAUCAUGAAAUCAUUAAAAAACAAACAAUAAUCCAAAAUACAUUUAAUAGAUAAUCUUAAAAUGUUUAAGUAUUAUUUAACGAUUUAAUUUUCUUUAUGUCAUUGCUCCAAAUCUGUUGAAGAAUCUCUUUCUAAGAAGAUCUUACCUCAUUAAAAAAAAUCGAAUAGAGCUGAAGCUAGAUCUGCAGACGUGAUUUUUAUAAUUAUGUUGUUGCCGGCAUGUGUGAGAACACGUGAUAUAAUUUGUACUUACAUAUUUUUACUCCUGGCUUCGCCUCAAUAAAGUUUUAAAAACUCUAUUUAGUCAUUAAGCUAUAAACAACUGAAAGUAUUUUCUAUUAAUCAACCUUAAGAAAAUGACAAACAGAUAAUAUGUGUGCUACAUUUAAGCGAAUUUUUUCAAUAACUUCAGUUGGUCUUUAUACCUCAUAGCCUGUUUUUAACCGACUUCAGAAAAGGAGGAGGGUCUCAUUUCGACCGUAUUUUAUAAUGUUCCGAUUGUCUUUCUUCUCUUGAUGCAAUAAAGAGUAAAUCUAUCUAUCUCAUCAGAUCCAAAGCCAAUCUCCUUUUCCGAUAACAUUCCUUUUUAGAGGCUGUGU